ACUACGGACGCAGGCAAACUUUGAGAGCAAACAAACAGCUGACUGAUGACUCCAACACUGUUUGACUCUUACUUCGUGUCCACUUGCUCAGAGCUGGCUUCCUGUACUUGUCAUUGGAUUGACAAUAGAAAUGGAUACUUUUUUAAUCAAUCGAAAUUCCCCGCUUCGAUCUGGUGCUCCUCCAAGACUGCGGCACAGGUCUCGCACAUCUGAAUCAGAAUCAUCACCUUUACAUUUGAAUGGAGAGGGGAUUUCAUCAAGCUCUGAAAAAGAUGACCCAAUGGAAAGUAGGAAUGAAAAUAUUACUGAAGAACCUGAAGAUGUGGACGAGCCUUUGGCACAGCUGCAAAGUAAAUCUAUGUUGAGCUACUUCAUGUCAGAACUGACAAAGGGCUACAAAAUGGAAGCAGAUGCCUCUGAGUUUGUCGAAAGAAGAGAUCGGGUAUACACAUCUGUUAACACCCCCAAAAAUCUGGAGAAGUUUUGUGCUUUCGGGUUCCUGCAGUGCAUGGAUGCCAUACUGUACAUGGUGACGUUUCUUCCUCUCAGGAUACUUGUGGCCAUUUUGCGAGUCCUUGUGUACCCCUUCAUUGUGUUAUUCAAAGGGAGAUCACGAGCUUUGGAUGCAGCACAGGUUUGUGAUCUCCUGAAAGGUGUCAUCCUGGUGGUCAGUUGUUUUGUGACCAGCUAUAUGGACAUGUCCAUGAUCUACCACAUCGUGAGGGGCCAGUCCAUCAUCAAGUUCUACGUCUUCUACAACAUGCUGGAUGUAAUGGACAAGCUGAUCUCUGGCUUUGGACAGGAUGUCCUGGACAGUCUCUACUGGACAGCUGUUGAGCCAAGAGGUCGCAAGAGAGAACAUUUUGGCACUCUGUUUCAUCUCAUCUUUGCCAUUGUAUAUGUUGUUGUUCACACAGUAAUGAUCCUGAUGCAAGCAAUUAUCCUGAAUGUUGCCUUCAACUCACACAAUAAAAACCUCCUGACCAUCAUGAUGUCCAAUAACUUUGUGGAGAUCAAGGGCAACUUGUUCAAGCGACUGGACAAGAACAACCUGUGUCAAAUCACAUAUGGCGACGUGAAGGAGAGGUUCCACUAUCUGGUGCUCUUGCUCUUUGUCUUCAUCAGGAACAUGAAAGAACUCCAGUGGAACUGGGAUCUUGCCUUCCCUAUAAUUCAAGACGUUGCUGUUGUUCUGCUUGUGGAAAUGAUUGUUGACUGGAUCAAGCACGCCUUCAUUACCAAAUUUAAUGAGCUGUCUGCCAGUUCUUAUGGUGAUUUUGCCUUAGGUCUGGCUCAAGAUAUUGCCUCUAGUCAGCAGAAACAUGCAUUUACCAACUUCAAUGAUCAAGUGUGCCGAAGAAUGGGUUUCACUCCGAUUCCUCUGAUUUGCUUGUUGUUCAUGGUGUGCACCAAGUCUUUCAACAUCAGCGGCCCUCUGCCCUGGCUUCUGGUUUUCGUCUUUUACUUAUGUUUGAUAUCAACGAAAGUUCUCAACAGCAUUGUACUGCUGGGCUGGGCUCAGCGUCUUAUUACUGAGAGGGAUAAAAAUGCCAAAGCUACGGGAACAGUUGUUGACUCACAGGUUGUUUCCAAGAAAGAAGACAAAGGAUCCGCCCCGAAAGUGAAGGCUGAAGUGCAGCCCAGAGCAUCAGACGCGAUGAACAAUCAAAGUCGGCCAUUUCCUGUUUCUUCCAGCGUUGCUGUGAAUACUGAAACCUCUUUCAGUGCAGACCCACCAAUACCGGGUCAAACGUCUCCAGCUUUCUCAGGCAGUUCAUCUUCUCCUCACCAUUUUGAUGAUGACAGUGGUCUUACCAGCAACGGAGCAACCCCGUACCAUGUGCAGAACAUCUCUGAUGCUGUUCCCGACGAGUUCUCACCAGAGUUACCUCUGACUCGAGAAUCUACUCCAGUCAAGUCUUACUCGCUGCAAGCUGUCCAAGAAAGUUCCACCCCCAAGGGUUCUAAGUCGUCAGUGCUAAUGGAUUUUCAACGGGAUUUCUUUUCUCCAGAUCUAGAGCUCUCGGCAGAUAAUAAGAAAUCCUCAUUCGAGUCAGAGUCAUCUCACAGUACGCAUCCACUUUCUGUUGAGUCUUUUUCACCAGUUUCACCAAAAAGCCUUGAAGACAAUCUAACGUCGCAGGACAAAAUACUCCCUUCUUCACAGAAUUCAUCACCUUUUUUGCAAGGGAACUUUCCUGUGACAAAAAAUGUUUUAAAUCCUGACGAAAGAUUAACAUGUGGUUACAAUGGUGAUUUUCAAGUCCCAUACACUGGUUGGUCAGAGGAAAGUAAUCUGCAACCUGACAGUGACAGUCCUAGCAGUGAGACAGCAGCCUCUCCUUGUAAUGUUUUAUCUGUCAGUGAUAGCCCUUCUAGUUCCCUCCCUUGUUCACCGUCAAAGCAGCACCAGAAUGAAGGGGACAUGCCCUCUUCUGUUUUAGAAAACGCUGAUGAUAAAAAACAGAUUUCAAGGGGCAAAUCAUUUGAUUAGCAAUAUUUGUGUCUUGAUGAAAAUCAUCAGGGUGCAAUCUGAUAUUCACCGUUCGAUAAUUUUUUUAGACUUUAGUCAGUGAUAGCCCUUCUAGUUCCCUCCCUUGUUCACCGUCAAAGCAGCACCAGAAUGAAGGGGACAUGCCCUCUUCUGUUUUAGAAAACGCUGAUGAUAAAAAACAGAUUUCAAGGGGCAAAUCAUUUGAUUAGCAAUAUUUGUGUCUUGAUGAAAAUCAUCAGGGUGCAAUCUGAUAUUCACCGUUCGAUAAUUUUUUUAGACUUUAGUUUGCAUAUAUAUAUAGAGAUAGAGAUUUCUGAUUGGCUACUCUUAAAGUGUUCAUUUGUAGUUGUCCCCCCCCCCCCCCAGAUGUAAGGUUAGAAUAAUUUAAAAGUUACACCCUUAGCUAACCAGUUCAUUCCAGUUCAGUUUACAUUCUGUCUCCUAGGGGCGUACGGUGUUGCAGUAGUUUAGGCACAUUGUGCUAGCUGUCACAUAUUCCAUUUGUUCUGAUUGCCAAGUAACCUUUUGUAACUUGGUGUUUUAGAAAAAGGAGAAUUUUAGUUUAGAUUGAGUUUGAUCUGUGUACUUAUAUUUUUUAUUCCUGAUGGGAAGAGUGAAGCAGUGGUCUGCGAGAUUCUGUGGCUGGAUGAUAUGGUUUUAUACU